AUGGCCUCUGUUGCCCCUGGCGCUGAUGUGAUUGCACCCUUCCAUCGUUUGUCUGCCGGUGUCUCGUUCACUAGCGCUUCCCUCGCCGCGAAAGAGGACGCCCUCUCCGCGACACAGGACCGCGCCCGGGUCCAGCGGGAGCAGGCGGUGGCCAAUGCCCGGCAGCUCGAGGGCCAGGUGGAGGAGUUGCAUGAGGCACUAACGCAGGCGCAGCGCCAGGGGGGAUCUCUCCAAAGGCAGCGGAAUGGCCUGAGGGCUGCCGUCUCUGCGAUGGAGGACGUCGCCUGGGAGGACAGGAAUCUGGCGGCAGACACCAUCCAGCGGCUGUCGACGGCGCUGGAGGCCUCGCGCCUGGAAGUCACGGCGGAAGUAAAGGCCACUGCCGGGGCGAGGGCGGAGGCGGAGGAGCUGCGACUGCAGCUGGAAGGGGCGUUGCAGGCGUUGACGGAGAGGCAGCGUGAGGCCGAUUCGUCGUCGGCGGAAAUGGCGUCUGUUCGAACAGAGAGGGAUGGCCUGAGGGUCACCCUCUCCGCAGCAGAGGGCCGAGCGGGGCAGUCGGUGGCCAAGGUCGGGCAGCUCGAGGGCCAGGUGGAAGAGCUGCGGGCAGCGCUGGAGGCCGCGCACCUGGAAGGCACGACGGGAAAGGCCGCCAUUGCCAGGGCGAGGGCAGAGGCGGAGAAUCUUCGGGAGGAGCUGGCCUCACAGAAGGUCGCGCUUCGUCCGGUGACCCGCCGAGGCGUCCAACGCUCUCGCCAGCUGCAAGUCUCGGCCUUCCCGCUCUGGCGGCUGGCGAGAGCGUUGGGCGCCUCGGCGGGUCACCCGACGAAGCGCGACCUGCCGCAAAAGGGCCUUGGCCGACAUUUUGCGCUUGGCUGGGUGAUCCAGCGGGCCGCCUGCCCUCACCAGCUGCAGAUCUCGGCCUUCUGGCGCUGGCGACUGGCGGCGACGACGGCUACGUCAGUGCUGAGGAAGCGGGAACAGGAGGUGACCUUAGGUCGCGGGGUUGUAGUUGUGGUUGCAGGGACCGGCCUCAGGAGGCAUGAGGCCAGCUGUGAGCCGGCGACCGCCCAGGACAAGAAGUAUGCAAGGAACUGCCGGACACUGCAACAGAUUCCGAGGUGGACACCAGUGCCACCGCCACCGCCACCGCUGCCAAAGCCGCGGCGGCCACACUUGCCGCCGACCUCCCAACCCAACCCGAGUAAGCUUGCGGGGGACGCGCUUCGACGGGUGAUCCUCGGGGACGCAGACCGGCACCAGCGGGAGGUCUCCGCUUUCGGGCGUUGGCGGCUGGUGACGGCGACAGGGGUGAUGGCCGACCUCCGCGCCCAAGGCAAUCGAGCGGCGAAGGUGCACGAGGAGGCCCAGCACUGCCCAGGGCCACAAACGGACCAACGGCAGCCGCACGAGGGAUCUUCGUCCCUGACAACAGCUGCAGCUGCCCUGCCAGCGGCGUCGGAAAACCGGGAACCAGUUUUCCAAUUUGGCAAGACUGAGGCCAUCCGCCCGGACAGGUGCAGCCGAGGGCUCGGACCGGCUCUUCCCGUCACGGACACUCGCGUCGUCGCCCGCACGCAGCGGACACUCGUCCCCCCAAACAGGGGAGACUGGGGGGGACUGGGUUCGCCGCUGCUAGGGGCGGAGGCGGGGCCGGCUCUGUGCCGGGUGCCACCAGGCAAACGGAGGGGCGAGAGGCGGUUCCACGCGGGAGGACACCGGGGGAUGGAGGCGUUCGUGUUAGUGGUGCUAGUGCUGGUGCUGGUGCUCGUCCUGACGGUGCUAGCCUCAAGACCUGCUGGCAGAUGGGAGUGGUCACGAGUCAUAUUGGACGUGGUGGGCGGAAAGGAGAGCGGAAGCAGCAGGGGACGUUGGCGCCAAGGAUGGCGGGCGGUGGCACCAGGCGCUCCGAUGGCGGCGGCAGUGGUUAUGGCGGUGGUGAUCGAGGUGGUGGUCGAGGUGGUGGCGGCGGCGGCGGCGGAGGCCGUGGUGGCGGAGGCCGUGGUGGCGCGGGCGGCGGCGGGGGCCACCCUGUCAGGACGUGCGUACACCCUUUUCACGCGAUGUCUCAUUUCGUGA